UUUCAGAAGAGACUACUGGCAGGUAGGCAGCAGACUGGGACAUACAGAGCAAGAGAUAGUAUAAGUUUUAAGCUAAAAGGUCCAAGCAUACCACUGAUCUGAGAUCAUGGCCUACUGUGGAAGAGAAAACACUGAUGAUUGUCUGCAUCAAGACAGCAGCAUGUCCUCAAAUCACCAAGAGCCAGAUACCCUUCAAAAUUUCCAACUGAGUAGCAGCUUUGUCCUCAACACCAAACUGGCCAAGGAGAAAAGGGAAAUGGAGUUAGGCCUGCCAGCAGCUCCUACCACUGUAGAUGCCAGCUUCCUUAGAAGAUCCAGCAGCAUCCCUUUGAUCAAUGGAUUUGGUGAUAAUUCACAGGGAUUCCAAGCUGACACCGUGAGAAUGAGAAGGAACAGCUCACCAUUUCUGAAUCGCCAUGCUUUGUUCCUGCCUUCCCGCACUCGUACAUCUGCCAACCGGAUUUUCCAAAUCAAACAAGAGGAAGGGAUGGAUUUAGCAAGCAGAGAAGCAAUGCAUGAACGGAAAAUGCAUACUGCUAUGCAGAAUGGCAACACCACUGUGAAGCAAUUAACUAUAAGGAACAUCCAACUGAUUCCAGUCUCCCCAAUGGCUUCUCUCACCAAGAAACCUAGGAAGGACUAUCAGAACUUUUAGACCAAGGAUCCUGCAAACAUCAAAAAGAAAAGGUAGAAUGGAGCUUGAAGAUCAGCCAAGUAAAAUUUGCACGUGUUACCAUCUUAUAACCUCCCUAAUCUUCUCAACUGUCAACACAACGUUUGGGAGAAGAGUUGUCUUAAUCAGAUACCGAACCUUCCCAGUCUGUUCAUGUCUCCAGCAACGAAUAGCUCCAAUGAAAACAGCAGAUCCGUAGCUUACAAUAAAAGAAGGGUUGCAUGCAU